AUGCCACCGCCGGGGGAGAUGGGCUAUGGCCCUCGGAUUAAUGACACGCAGACAGGAGAUGGGGCCGAGAGGGGAGAGAGGGGCUAUCGACGGAAGAGGUUCGCUGCUCUAAUCGCCGUCACCGAGAUCAGGGAGACUUAUGCGCAAUCUAAGGCUCGGGGCCUGGAUGGCGAGUUUGACUCACCCGGCAGCAUGCAUAUUCCGGGUGCGUUUCCAGAUGUGGCCGUGACAGCACAAGGGAGUGGCGAGCAAUUGAUAAUGUUCCCAAGUUACGCGAAGCAACAUACCAAGAAGGAAUGGACCCGACCCUCGGCGUAUGAAUCGGAGGCCGGCAACCUGGAGGACGAGGACUACUGGCGAUCAGAAUGGGAGAGACAUCAGGACGAGAGGGCGAUUGUAGAUGUCGAUGUUCGUGGCUGGAUAUACGCGCCCCAUACCGGCCCUAUCACGCGGCGAAAUCGCAUCUUGAUCGGACUUGCGCGCCAGCUCAGUGGCAUCCCCGUUCCAAGAGCAGAUCCGAUCCAAGCUGCUGCGCCUCUUAACCCGAACGAUGAACUAAGAGAGCAGGAGAGGAUUGCGCAAGAAGCUGCCAUGAUCGAGCGCAGGGGGCGGGAAGAGAAGCGCAUAGCAAACGCUGGUGCCUACAGCGAGCAGCCCCGUGAAGAUACCAGUUUUGGAGGGCCUGCAUACCCUUUGCCUAAGCCGUUGCCAACUCGAGCAGAUAGCCGAACGCCCAACUCGCUCUCAGGGAGUCCCAAACUUCCUCCGACUAGACAGAAUUCGGCGUUGGCCAACGAGCUCACAGAGGCUGAGCUGACCACUGCAAACGACAACUUGAUGGCCAGGAUAGCGCCUUUCAUGACGAAUCCUUUGGUUGCCCUGCCUAUCACAAUAUUCUUUUAUAAUGAAUCGAAAUCCCAAUCACGAAAUGUCCUCACAGAUGACGCUGGUCAUUUUGCUAUUCGAGCACCUCUGGAUUUUGUUCCUACACAUGUUAGGGUGCUAGUAAAGGAAGGCCUCUCGACCACGCAAGAGGUUAAUUACAUUGAGCCAUACGGUGUCAGCCUCAUCAGUGACAUCGACGACACCGUUAAAAUGUCGAAUAUCUCGGCAGGGGCCAGGGAAAUUUUCAGAAACACUUUUGUGCGUGAGUUGGCUGACCUCUCGAUUGAAGGAGUCAAAGAAUGCCCGUGGCAGCUGUUCCCCAUGCUGGCCACCUUCUUUAAAGUAUCUGGGCUUCCAAUUGGGUCUCUACACCUAAAGCAGUAUUCUGGCAUGUUGCAGGGCAUCUUUGAGCCUGUGGCAGAGCGAAAGAAGAAUACCCUCGUGCGCCUCCUGCGAGACUUCCCGCAGCGCAAGUUCCUCUUGGUUGGCGACAGUGGAGAGGCCGAUCUGGAAGUAUACACAGAGCUGGCACUGGCGUAUCCUGAGCGAAUCCUCGCAGUCUUUAUUCGAGACGUGACAACUCCGGAAACCGCGGGAUACUUUGAGCCAUCUUUCGAAAUGACUCGACGCACAAUGUCUGGCUUGACGUUGAACAACAGCGGACCUGCGAGCAAUCGGCCAGCAACACGGCAAAGCUCAGCUGCGGGCUCACUUAGUGAUUCAAAGCCUCCUUCCGGACCAGUAAUGGGUACCCUGAUAGACUUUUCCGAUGAGCCCGAAGAAGCAAAACUAGAUGAAGCCGCAGCCUUGGAGCAAGUCAGAAAAUCAAGGCCGGGUCCGUCAGUCAGCGCAACCGAUUUGCUUGCUCGAAAACCGCCGCCACCGCCUCGCCCAGCCAAGCCUGCGGCUCUAGCCAGCGCUCCCGCCUUACCCACCGUCAGGAAACCCCCUGAACCACCGCCGCCGCCCCCAAGGAAGCCCGUCGGUAACCAACCGGUCCACCCGCUGGCACAGAUACAGAACUCGUCCCAGCAGACAAUAGAGUCCACCAAGACGGCCGACAAACCGCCUCCUCCUCCACCGCGCCGGAGCACCAAGAACCUUAGCCCACGGAUGGUCUCGUACCUUCGUGGCCCGUCAUCCAACGCAGAUGUCGACUUUGAUCCGCUCCCGCCGUCGCUCACACCUGUGCCCGCGGCUACUGGCUUGUCAUUCUACCGCCCCAGCAGCCGAUCGGGAAACACUUCGCCUUCGGGAUCGCCUACUAUGGGCGCGGUGAACAAGAAACUCGAGCUUUGGAGACGGCGUUUGGUGAGGGCUCAUGACCAGCUUGACCAUUUGGGCGUGGCGCUGUAUACAUGGCGCAGGGGACAGGAUGUAGAAGCUGAGGCUAUAGGGAUUAUAAAGCGGUAUUUGUCCGAAUUGGACAAGGAGAAGAGGAUGAGGAGGACAUAG